AGUAGGCCGGUUUUGUGUUUACUGACUGUGAAUGGUAAUGUGAUGGUGAAUUAUUUAUUUAAUUUAUCAGAAAACUAAUUUAUGUAAAUAUACUUACUUAAAAAGUAUAAUUUAAAUGCCACCAAAAAAACAAGCCGAAAAGGGAAAGGCUGGUGGAAGUAAUAAAGGAGGCGGAGGAAAGUCCGGAGGAGAUUCUAAAGAAUCUGCUGCAAAAGAAAAAAAAGGUGGUACAGCUGUCAAAGUCCGUCAUAUAUUGUGCGAGAAACAGUCAAAAUGUUUGGAGGCCCUGGAGAAACUGAAGGCUGGGCAGAAGUUUCCAGAUGUAGCGGCCGCGUAUAGUGAGGACAAGGCAAGGCAAGGCGGUGAUCUUGGCUGGAUGACUCGCGGGUCUAUGGUGGGACCAUUCCAGGAUGCGGCGUUCGCCUUGCCUAUAUCAUCAGUGGCGAGUCCUGUUUAUACAGAUCCACCAAUAAAAACUAAGUUUGGAUACCACAUUAUUAUGGUAGAAGGCAAAAAAUGACAGGCAUGGUGUUUGAGUUUGAGUACUUCUGGGCAAUACUGCUGUUGUUCAUCAUGGAACGGAUAUGCUGCCUGCAAGAGCAGUUUGAUAAGGAUUUUGUCAAGCUGCCUGACCCACAAAUAUCAAAUGAUUCUCUCACUUCUAAUAUAGAAGAUUUUGCUAACAGAGAUUUCAGCCUGAAGAUGAGUUUCCUGCGACUCUGCCGGCUGAUGCAUAUCACCAUGCUGUUGAGCCUUGUCUACUUCUUCAAUAUCUGCCUCUGGUUCAUCAUGACCAAACGCACCUUGCCCAGAACAUUACGUUACAAGUUUCGUCUGGCUUUGCCUUGACCUGUUUUAUUUUGUUGUUGCUAUGAAUAAUAAUAUACUUUUCUAUUGUACCAGUA